AUGACUUCAGUAUGUUUCCCUGCAGGCUGCUCUUCAGAGUCUAGCGCCAUAGAUUCUGAUUGUACAACUGCUUCUAUAUGUUGUGAAGAAACUAUGUGUCUCCCCAACACCUAUAUUUCCUCGAGAUGCCAGACCCCUACCUUCCUCUCCAGGUCUUAUCUGACAACCGGUUACCUGGCACCUUGCUACGUUGCUGGAAGUUGUAAUACGCCCUGCUUGGUUGGGAACUGUGUAUGGUGUGAGGAUGGGGCAUUCAAUAGCAAUGAGAAGGAAACUAUGCAGUUCUUGAAUGAUAGACUUGCCAACUAUCUGGAGAAGGUGCGUGGCCUGGAGGAGAUGAAUGCAGAGCUGGAAUGCAGGAUCCGAGAGCAAUGCGAAGAUGACAUCCCAUUGGUGUGUCCCAAUUAUCAGAGUUUCUUCGACACCAUUGAAGAGCUCCAACAAAAGAUUUUGUGCACAAAGGCAGAGAAUUGUAGACUGGCUGUGCAACUUGACAACUGCAAACUGGCUGCUGAUGACUUUAAAUCAAGGUACGAGUCUGAACUGUCUCUUCGCCAGCUGGUAGAGGCUGACAUCAGUGGCCUACGUGGGAUCCUGGGUGAGCUGACUGCGUGCAAAGGUGACCUGGAAGCUCAUGUGGAGUCCCUGAAGGAUGAUCUACUUUGCCUUAAGAAAAAUCAUGAAAAGGAGGUCAGCUUGCUUCGGGACCAACUUGGUGACCGACUCAGCGUGGAGAUAGAUCCUGCCCCCACGGUGGACCUCAACCGGGUCCUGAAUGAGAUGCGCUGUCAGUAUGAAAAAGUGCUGGCCGACAACCACAGAGAUGCGGAGGAAUGGUUUGCGGUUCAGACGGAGGAGCUAAAUCAGCAGCAGCUUUCCAGUGCUGAGCAGAUGCAGGACUGCCAGGUGGAGCUCCUGGAACUGAAACGCAAAGCCAAUGCACUGGAAAUUGAGCUCCAAGCGCAGCAAAACCUGACAGAAUCUCUGGAAUGCACAGUGGCAGAAACCGAGGCCCAAUACAGCACUCAGCUGGCCCAGAUGCAGUGCCUGAUUGAUAACGUGGAGUCACAGCUGGCUGAGAUCCGCUGUGACCUGGAGCGGCAGAACCAGGAGUAUGAGGUGCUGCUGGAUGUCAAGGCGAGGCUGGAGGGUGAGAUCAACACCUACCAGGGCCUGCUGGAAGGAGAGGACUGCAGACUUCCCUGUAAUCCCUCCUCUACAACCGACACAUCAAACCAAGUUUGUGACUCGUGCUCAGAAAUUAUCAUUUGCACAGUGGAAAAUUGCUGUAUGUGA